UCCAAUGGACAAGAAAUCGCGGUAAAACGGCUGUCGCAUAAUUAUGGCCAAGGAGAAGUAGAAUUCAAGAACGAGGUCAUGUUAUUAGCUAGGCUACAACAUAGGAACUUGGUCAGGCUCCUUGGUUUUUGCCUAGAAGGAGUUGAGCGGCUUCUCAUUUACGAGUUUGUGCCCAAUUCAAGCCUUGACCAGUUCAUAUUCGAUCCCCUGAAGCGUGCAAAUCUCGACUGGGAUAGGCGCCACAAGAUAAUAAUGGUUGUUGCUCGAGGGAUGCUUUACCUACACGAGGACUCUCGACUUUGUAUCAUCCAUCGGGACCUCAAAGCCAGCAACAUUUUGUUGAACUCGGACAUGAAUCCUAAAAUAUCAGAUUUUGGUAUGGCGAGGCUAUUUGAGUUGGACCAAACUCAAGCAGAGACAAACCGAGUCGUGGGGACCUACGGAUAUAUGGCACCGGAGUAUGCUAUGCACUGAAACUUCUCUGUCAAGUCCGAUGUCUUCAGUUUCGAAGUACUGAUUUUGGAGAUUGUGAGUGGUCAGAAGAAUAAUCUUUUCCGCGUGGGUGACAACACAGAGG